UGCAGUGCGGCCGCCGAUGGAUGCUGCGCGGCCGCGCUGCCAUUUGCAGCCGCCGCGGCUCGCAGCGCGCCCUGCAGCCCCGGGAGCUGCGGCUCCCCGGCUACCGCCGCCCCUCUGCGCUUGCAGCCGUUGGCUGUCCCCCGCCUACCUCCUCCUCCUUUUCGGUCCUAUUGCCCCUCCGCAAUGAACCCUCCCACCACAGCCGGCGGGGAGGAGACGGGGGCGGCGGGUGGCGGCGGCUGCCGGGGGGCCGAGGGUGGUGGGGAGGCGGCGGGCACCGCCGGAGUCCCGGGGGAGCCGGGGCUGUCUGCGUCGGAGGAAUCGCUGGAGGAGAAGCUGCGGACCCUUACCUUCAGGAAGCAGGUGUCCUACAGGAAAGCCAUCUCCAGGUCAGGCCUCCAGCACUUGGCUCCUGUGCAUUCCCUCAACAUUGCAGUCUCCAAUGGACCUGUGAAGGAACCGAGAGCAGCCUUAGAGUGGACUGAAAAUGCUGUGAAUGGAGAGCAUCUGUGGCUGGAGACAAAUGUUUCUGGGGACCUCUGCUACCUGGGGGAGGAAAGCUGCCAAGUCAAAUUCUCAAAAUCUGCCCUGCGAAGGAAGUGUGCUGCCUGCAAGAUUGUGGUCCAUAAUGCAUGCAUGGAGCAGUUAGAGAAGAUUAACUUUCGCUGCAAACCAACUUUUCGAGAAGGAGGCUCCAGAUGUCCAAGAGAAAACUUUGUUCGACAUCACUGGGUGCACAGGCGGAGACAGGAGGGGAAGUGCAAGCAGUGUGGAAAGGGCUUUCAGCAAAAAUUCUCCUUCCAUAGUAAAGAGAUUGUGGCCAUCAGUUGUUCCUGGUGCAAGCUGGCGUUUCAUAACAAAGUCACCUGUUUCAUGCUACAUCACAUUGAGGAGCCAUGUUCCCUGGGGGCUCAUGCUGCUGUCAUUGUGCCUCCCACCUGGAUCAUUAAGGUGAAGAAAUCUCAGGUGGUCUCCAUACCAGGAGACGAGCCUGAUUGGGCAGGAGACUGGAGCCCCGAAGGGGAAAUGGGCGUCUCCUACCCCUAUUGGGAGGGUUGGCAGAACUCAUUAAAGACUUCAACACGGCGAAAGAAGAGAACAUCUUUUAAAAGGAAAGCCAGUAAAAGAGGCAAUGAAGAUAACAAAGGUCGGCCAUUUGUGAUAAAGCCUAUCUCCUCUCCACUCAUGAAGCCACUGCUGGUUUUUGUCAAUCCAAAAAGUGGAGGGAACCAGGGCACCAAGGUUCUCCAAAUGUUUAUGUGGUAUCUGAAUCCACGCCAAGUCUUUGAUCUUUCUCAGGAAGGGCCAAGAGAUGCGCUGGAGUUGUACAGAAAAGUGCCAAACCUGCGGAUCCUGGCCUGUGGUGGGGAUGGGACGGUGGGCUGGAUCCUGUCUAUCCUCGAUGAGCUACAACUCAGCCCCCCACCUCCUGUGGCUGUCCUUCCCCUUGGCACUGGGAAUGACCUUGCCCGCACCCUCAACUGGGGUGGGGGCUAUACAGAUGAGCCAGUGUCCAAGAUCCUGUGCCAUGUAGAAGAUGGAACAAUCGUCCAACUGGACCGCUGGAAUCUCCAGGUUGAGCGCAACCCUGAUUUGCCACAAGAUGAGCUGGAGGAUGGAGCACGUAAGCUUCCUCUUAAUGUCUUCAAUAAUUACUUCAGCCUUGGCUUCGAUGCGCAUGUGACACUGGAGUUCCAUGAAUCUAGAGAGGCAAAUCCAGAGAAAUUCAACAGCCGAUUUAGAAAUAAAAUGUUUUAUGCAGGGGCAGCCUUUACAGACUUCCUGCAAAGAAGUUCAAGAGAUUUAUCCAAGCAUGUUAAAGUUGUGUGUGAUGGUACAGACCUGACUCCAAAGAUCCAGGAGCUGAAGUUCCAGUGUAUAGUGUUUUUAAACAUACCCAGGUAUUGUGCUGGCACAAUGCCCUGGGGAAACCCUGGAGAUCACAGAGACUUUGAGCCUCAGCGCCAUGAUGAUGGCUACAUUGAAGUCAUUGGGUUCACCAUGGCCUCGCUGGCUGCUCUCCAGGUGGGUGGUCAUGGAGAGAGGUUGCAUCAGUGCCGUGAGGUGACGCUUUUAACAUACAAGUCCAUCCCCAUGCAAGUAGAUGGUGAACCAUGUCGACUAGCUCCCUCGCUCAUCCGAAUCUCCCUGAGGAAUCAAGCCAACAUGGUGCAGAAGAGCAAGAGAAGAACAUCUAUGCCUUUGCUGAAUGAUCCUCAUUCCAUCCCAGAUCGCCUGCGGAUCAGAGUGAACAGGAUUAAUUUACAAGAAUAUGAGGGACUACAUUAUGACAAGGAAAAACUCCGUGAAGCUUCCAUUCCCCUAGGAAUUAUAGUUGUACGAGGAGAUUGUGACUUAGAGACCUGUCGUAUGUACAUUGACCGUCUACAAGAGGACUUGCAGUCUGUACCUCCUACUACACAAAGAGUUCAUUACCAGGACCAGGAAAGCUCUUUCCCCAGAGUUCUUUCUGUUCAGAGGCUAUCUCCUAGAUGGUGCUUCCUAGAUGCAACUUCUGCUGAUCGUUUUUACCGCAUUGACAGAUCUCAGGAACAUUUGCACUUUGUGACAGAAAUUUCGCAGGACGAGAUUUUUAUCCUGGACCCAGAGAUGGUAAUGUCACAGCAGGUGGGGACGCCACCAGGAAUGCCUGAUCUGGUAGUGGAGCAGGCCUCUGGAAUAUCAGAUCGGUGGAAUCCUGCAGUUCGAAAGAGGAUGCUGAGUGACAGUGGCCUUGGCAAGAUUUCCCCACACUACGAGGUACCUGACAAACAAAAGGACGCCAACCAGACACAUAUGCUGCAGUCACCGGUCUCCUCAGAAGAUCAAGCACUUUUACAAGCAGUCAUAGCUGGUGAUCUGCUGAAGUUCAUAGAAUGCUGUAAGAAGGGAGCCAAUUUGUUAAUCCAAGGACCUGAUCACUGCUCCUUGUUGCACCAUGCUGCCAAGACUGGGCAAGGAGAGAUUGUGAAAUAUAUCCUGGAGCAUGGUCCGUCUGAAUUACUGGACAUGACAGACAGUGAAUCGGGUGAGACAGCACUACAUAAGGCAGCCUGCCAGCGUCAUCGUGCCAUCUGCCAGCUCCUGGUGGAUGCAGGAGCCUCUCUGAGAAAGACAGACUCCAAGGGUAAAACCCCUCGUGACAGGGCACAGCAAGCUGGUGAUCCAGAUCUGGCCUCCUACUUGGAAAGUCGGCAAAACUACCAAAUGGUUUCCCAUGAGGAUCUGGAGACAGCAGUCUGAUGUCUGAAAACCUCAAAGAGGAUCCUUGAAAAUCACAAAGCUGCAGCUGAGGCACUCAGGCAUUGUGUGAGGAAGAAGCUGAUGGAAUCCAUGUGUCUCUCGCUCUCAUGGGACAUACCUGAGGAUAUGCCACCAGUUUCUAAGGGCUAAGGAGUCUUGCCAUGGAACAGUUAAGUUCCGUAAGUUAGCCCAUGAUGGAUGAGGUGGGACACUCAAAGGUCUGUGGAAUCCAUGGGCCAGGAAAAUUUACCUUUAUCGCUUCCAGCAAGUAGCAUGAACUUCUCCUAUGUUCAUCUGUACAAUUUCUUAAAAAAAAAAAAAAAUAAAGAGGGGAAAGAGAAAAGAGGGUGUGGGGGAAUCAAAUUAGCUGGGACAGCAAAACAUCCACCCAGGCCUUCCUCCAUUCCUACAGAUUUCUGCAUUUCUUUUAUUCUUUCAUUCCUCUCACUUCUCAUCCAUUAAACAGUACCUUUUAUCUCUGUGUUAAAUCUUCACAAAUGACCAGGCAGUAGCAAAAAAUUUGAGGAACUCUGGAUGCCCUUAGGAAAAGCUCAUCAUUUUUACUGGUCACCAUUCUCUACCAUGGUGUCCUCUCAGAAGCCUCAUUCUCAGUGCUCAAUCACCAGGGAGUUUUCUCGCUUUUAGAGAGGACUCUGCCUUGUUUCCCAGGGUGUAAGGCACAGUUAGAUUUACAAUAGUAACAAAGCCUAACCUCAUCAAUGCUUCUGAGUAUCCAGUUAUAUUAUCAUUAAGAGACAGCUGUUUGUAUGGAAGAGAGCUAUAUGGGAAACACAAUAAUGUGUGGCAGAGCAAAAAGUUACCAAUAAGGCUUCUUAUGACACCACUGCGUUGCAUAAUGACUGGCUCAACUCUGCUCAGAUUUCAUGUCUGCCUAGAAGCUAGUAGCUACUUUUUACAUCUGAAAUGAUGGGGUUUACACUGACUUAUGAACCCAGUCUCCUUCAAGUUACCACCAGAGGUAGAGACCUAGAAUAUCAGCAGUCAGCCUAGGCUUGCUGCCAUCCAUAAACAAGCAAGUGCUGUCCUAGGUCACAUUGGAAACUGAGAAACCUUCUUUGACUGAUUAUGUAAACAAGGACAAGGGGCAACAGGUACAAGCUAGAACACAAGGCUUCACUUGGACUUAAGGAGAAACGUCUUUACUGUGAGGGUGAUAGAGCACUGGAACAGGCUGCCCAGAGAAUCUUAUGGAGUCUCCUUCUCUGGAGACUUUCAAAACCUGCCUGGCUGGAUACCUGCCCUAAGUGUACCUGUGUUAGUAGGGGGUUGGGACUAGAUGAUUUACAGAGGUCUCUUCCAACCCCUACCAUUCUGGGAUUCUGUCAUUUGAUUCCCCAAGGCAACAAAGUUUCAGAGAGUCUAUCCCACUGGGAAGAACAAAUGGCAGCUCUUCAUCUUGUUACCCUGCUAUAGGCUCAGAAAUGUAAAGUUGAUUAGCCACCGUAAAGGCUAGCCAUGUCUUCUGUACUCAUCUGUCCUCUGUCUUACCUCAAAAAUUGUAACCACAAAAGAAGAUAAAGCAAAUGUAUACACACAGGCAUACACAAAAUGUCCACAUGCAGAUUUUCAAGCACUACUCAGCUGCCAGAAAUAGCAGAGCUUCCACUUUGACUUUGUCUAGCUGGUUCCCAUGAAGAUGCUCAUGGCCCACCUUUGGCAUAAUUCUUGCAACAGAUUUCUGAAUUUUGCUUUACUGUCUGUUUUGAAAGAUCCACUGCUGUUUUCACAUGCCUUGCUAAGUGUAGGUCUCUGGUAGAUGGUGACCACUGGAAUUAUAUGCAGUUUGGAAGUUUGGAAACCAUGAAAAUAACUCAGGACAUUAUUCAGAUAAGUUUUUUUGACUUGCUAGAAGUUGUAGAAAUGAAAUGAAUGCAAUCCUUUUGUUUUCUUUUUCCUUUUAUUUUUUUUUUAAACCCAAGAAUGAUUGUUGUGCCAGAGAGGGAGGAGCUGAAAUAUAUAUUUAUUUGUUUGUUUUCCUGUUUUCAAAGAUUCAUUUGAUAUGAGCAAAGUAUUUCUUUAGUAUUUCUUCCUCUGGAAGGAAACUAUAUAUAUUUGUAAUCUAUAGAUUAAUGGCAACAUGAAAUGUAUUUUGUCUUAUUUCCUGUCUUUAUCUUGUUUAAAGAAUAAAAUAUGAAAGCCAAAUUCCUUCCCUUGAUGAUCACCUCGGGGCUUGUGCUGAAGGCCAGUAUGUGUAUAUAAUAGAAUGGAAUUUGGCAACUGUUAAAAUAAAAAAAAAAUCAAUGAGUAUAAUUUUUGUGUAUGUGGAGUUUCCACAGGGAAGAUACACUGUGGUUUCAUGAUAAGCCUUGCAUGAAUUCCCUGCUGUGAGGAAGACUUAUUGUAAUAUUUAUAUACAUUUGAUGAAAAUAUAAAUUACAUUAGUAUCAGUUUUAUCUUUUUUGCUUUAUUUUACUGAUAUGAGAAAUAGAGGACAUUUCAAUGACACCAGGGACUUGGGUCUGUCCUGUGCUGAGGCCACACCUGUACUGGAGCAGAAGCUGGUCAGCAAGCCCAUUGCAGCUCCAUGGUCCUUUAGUCCCAUGAAGUAAAGAGCAGAGUAGUAGAGCCUUGCUUUAACCACAUUUAGCUUCCAGAUGCCACAUAUGAAUGAUAUUAAAGGAGCUGGAUCCAGUCCCUCUCUGGGGUCAUCCUCUCAGAUGUUCCUUGUGCCCAGAGAGUGGCUGCAGCAGGGACUGGCUCUACAGCUGCUUAGCAGGAUAGGUAGAUUUCCUGAGCUCCUUUGUGCCUUUUGGACUGCUCAAAGAAGCUUAGAGAACACAAGAGAAUCUGAUGUGCCUUUUUCCAUGGCAGCUGGAGUAUGAUGAUGCUAUGAUCAGAGUGAGCCUGUUGUGCCUCUGGAUAGCUGCCCGUGCUGUGUGCUCAGUAGGAGGCAGCUAGGAUAUGACAAAAAUUAACCCCAAUGCUGAAGGUAGGACAGAAAGUGCCUCUACACAGUUCCUUUAAUAUUCAAGGCGUCCCAAAGCACUGAAUGUGUAAUGUAUUCGAUACUGGCCAUGUACUGUACUUGUAGAUAAAAGAGGAUGCAUACAGUUUUCUGCAAUGGCUCAUACAUGGCAUGGGAUAUCAGAAGUUGGUUUGCUGAGGCAAGAUGUUUGAGGCCAGGAUUUUGCAGGAUUAUUCAUUACCCCUUUUCCAAGAGCAAUGGGAUUCUUGAUUUUAGACAGCCACCAGAAGCAGGCAGACUCUCAGCAGUUAAAGAUGACAUGUACGUGUUGAAUCUCUCAACACCUGGGAUCUAGCUUAGUGUAGUACCAUUUCGCCUGCACCGUGCAGGGCCCAAACUCUAGUGUGCAGCUGGGAAUCUACUUAAAUUACAUGUAAUACAUCUUAAUUUACUAAAAGUGACUGUUCACUGGCUGUGUCUAUGUGUGGGUUUAUGUUACUAUGUAUAUGUAUAUUUCUAAUUAUCAGUAUACAUAUAUAUAGAUCUACACACACUUAGAACUGUGCCAUCUGAAUAAUGAAGUACCUAGGGAUGUUCAGCUACUGAGGCUGCUGGACUGACAAAAUGUCAUUUUCAACUUUAACUUAGUAUUAAAGGGGACCCUUUUCAGUAGAACUGAGGAGUUCCUUGAUCAUUCCAUUGUACUGGACUUCAUUUUGGAGUUAAAUGGAGGAAAAUAUUUAUAAUGUUGAUAAAAUAAACUUACUUUUGUUAUUUAA